GCAUCCCGCGGGCAGCUCCCUCGUGGCUCUGACCCGGGUACCAUGUGCGGGGGAGCUGGGGAUGCUCGUUGCCAUAGCGACCUCUGCUAAAAUGCUCCCCCCUUCCCCCUGCCGGGAUGCAGCCCGUUGCAGACAGCCGUUCUGGCGUGUGCGGGGGAAGGCCGGCGGUGGGGUGCCCCGGGGAGGCUGGAGCGGGGCUGACACUGCCGGGGAGGCGGUGGGGGAAGCCCCCGGGAGUCCCGUUGGGCAAUGAGGCCACGCUGCUGGCUGCCCGUCCUUCCCCCGCCCGCCGCGGCUGCUCCCGCCAUCCCUCCCUCCCUGCCUGCCUCCCGCCCAUCCGCGCCUGUCGCCUCCCGCUGUCGCCUAGCUCUCCCGGCGCGGGGUCCCUUCUCCCCGGCACUGCCUGGCCGGGAAAGGAGCCUGACUCAUCCCGGCUGGGACCCGGCAGAUGCCGGAGGGAGCAGUCUCAUCCCGUCGCCCUGCACCCGUGGAAGAAGGGCAACGCUGCUCCGGACUCACCUUGCACCCAGCUGGCCAGAGGCUCUUGGCAAGGCAGAUCAGCUGCUCCUGCCAUGCCCCACUUCUUGGAUUGGUUUGUGCCCGUGUACCUGGUGAUCUCCAUUCUCAUCCUGGUGGGCUUUGGAGCUUGCAUUUACUACUUUGAACCAGGACUCCAGGAAGCCCAUAAGUGGCGAACACAGAGGCCAAUCACGGAGCGAGACCUUCGGAAGACGCUGAUGAUUCGGGACAACCUGGCCUUUGGGGUGCCUGAGGUCUGACAGGCUGCCCAUUGCAGCCAGAGGAAUCUCUCCUGGGUAGACAGCAGACCACAAGCCUCACUAGGGGUGGCAGUCCUGCCCUGGUAAAAGUGGGGCUGGUCCUCACUUUGCUCUCUGCUAAUCAGGGUCUCAUAUUCAUCACCCACCAUUCUGCCCCUUUGCUUCUUAGUCAAGAUUUGUUUGGCUGGGUUUCCCAUGUGCUCACAGCUCUUCAGCCAGCCAAGGACUUCUGCUCCUUCCCGUGGCCAAGACUGACAAACCACUCAAAUGAAAUAUCCCUGGUUAAUCACUUGAGUUUGGCUGCCUGGCAUCUUGACAGGACCUUCAGUAGGAAAGGUACCAAGUUUUGCAAAGGGAUACAGAAUCUUGUACUCCUCUUCCCUAGGUUAAAUCUAAUACAGUCUGUCUAAGUCCAAGGGGUAUUUUGGGGAAAAUAAAUGGGGUUUCAAGACAAAUUGUUGCUUCAGCUGAGCUCUUCCCAGCACCCACUUUUGAUGCUAGGAUGGUGAGCUUGCUGAAGCUCUGUGCAGAGAGACCAAGGGCUCAGUGAGCCUCAGAGACUGAACGCCUUUAUCCUUGCUAAAUGCACACCCCUUCUGUGUCUGUUUGGGAGAUGGAGAACACCCAUCACUACAUCCAUUCCAGAUGCACCGCACUGAAAUUAAAGGUUUUUAUUAAAGAGGUUGGUUCAUGUCCUGUGUCAAGCUGAGAACAUUCUGCAACUCCCCAUGAAGGGGUGCUGCCAGACUUACCACAUCAGCCACUCCUCAUCUGCCUGAUCUCCUGCUCCUCUGUCAUGGAGGAAGAUGGGAUAGUCUGUGAAGCUACUUGCAAUUGUUCAGUCCUCUGCACUGCAGAGCCCUACAGCCUGGAUAGGCUCUCUUUCUUAACUGUUUCCCAAUGAAAGCUGGGAAGCAUCCCUCAGCUCUUUUUUCCCCUGCAUGUCUCUGAGAAGGAACAUUGAGCCUGUUGUCUAAAAGGGCCCAUUGUACCACCUUUGCUUUCUGCACCCAAGCUGUAUAAUAUGGGUCUGGCACAAAAUCCCCUGUUUAGAGACUUUCUGCAGUGUCACGGGGAUGACCAGCCACCAAAGUGCUGUAUGAAGUUGUGACACUGAGGCUGAGAGACUCUCUCCCUGACAGCCCAGUGCAAUGCCCAGGGUGUACAGGGAGGUUUGAGAGAGCAAGGAGCCUGUGGCAGGAGGCUGUGUCUCUCUACUCUCAACCCAAUAUCCACCCUUUGCAUGCAUGUAGGUGCAAUGGUGCUACCUGUGAAUGCUCUGGACACACAGGGAUUCUGUGUGCCCCACUCCUGCAUAUCCCAGGUAUGUUAGCUGGUGCCACCAUCCUAUGUGCACAUGUCUGUGCAACCUGUGCCAUCACCUGGGCCAGUCAGGAUAUUGGCAACCCACAUCUACAGUGUCCUUCCAUUGUUAUGGCUCUGUGCUCUAGUCCCCAAUGGCUCCUUUCAGCAGCAGGGGUUCCUCAGGCCAGCUGUGAAAAUCUGCCACAGCUCCUGGCUUGUGUCACUUAGCCUCACCUGUGAACCUGGGAGCAGGAAAUUCCCAAAGAAAGGAGAGUUCACUGGGCUGCUGUGAGUGAUUUAUGCAAGAAAAUGCAGUGAGUGGGAUUACUCCUGUGCCCAAAGUUUUGCUUGCCCUGGCAAGCAAAUGCUCAAAGCACAGGUGCAGCCUGAAAGUUGGUAAUUCUUGGGAUCCAAGUUAAUUUUUAGCUCUAAGGAAUGGAUCAGGACAUCCUGCAAAUAUCCUGGGUCUUUCUGGGACAUUUCAUUUACCAGACUGCAAUUGCAUUACCAUUCUUUUCCACACCAAAACCAGGCACACUGGCAGGAGCUUUCAGACAGAGGACAAGUCAAGAGUCCUUUCAUUCAGCCAAGUAACAGAGACCGUGAUGCAAGUACCCUAACUGGGGAGUCUCACUCAGCAGAGAAAUGCAGUGAAUAGGGUUACUGCUGUGCCCAAAGUUAUCCUUGCCCACGCAAGCAAAGACUCAAAAGAGCAGGUGUAGUCUGAAACAGAUACAGUUUCGUGACUUGGGGCUGUGAAAUGGAAAUGACAAGGGGCUGGGUUGCAUGGCAUGAUGUGCCACCCUCAGCUGCCUGGCUCACAUUCCCUGCCCUCUGGCACAUCACAGCCAUAUCUCCAAACACCAGCCUGGAAACCUGCUUCCUCACCUCAAUCCCUGAUGGGUGGCAUUGCCCUGUAAACGAACACAGCUGAGCUGUGGGGUAGCAUAAAAACCUCUCCACUGGAGCUAAGUGGCUUGGAGCAGUCAGGAAGGAGUUGAACUGGAGGAAGGGGAGCCUGCAGACACGGGGGUCCCCUCUCCCCUGCUCUGUGUUCUCCUCUGCAUGCUGCUGUGCCUGUGUUGAGCUCCACUCUGCCCAUGACUCAAUGCAGAAACUGAGCAAAAGAAGACAGCAACUGGGUGAGGGCUGGAUUAGAGAGAAACUAAUUGUUCAUCUCUGGCUUAAUUUUUGUGCUGUUUAGUCCUGACACAAUCAGCAUUAAGCCAGGUAUUUUCCAUGGCUAUGAAGGACUUUACUGUUGUUAUAAGUAAAAUGCCAAUUAAGCCUAAUCAAUAAUUUGCGAGAGCCAAAUUAUGAUAAAAAUAAUAAAAAAGAGAAAAUUUAUUUCACGUUCAGAUUACAUUUUAUGCCAGCCACAAAUCAAAAAGGACAGAGCCAAGCCCGGGACUUUGGCUCUGAGUGAAAACACACAACUCUGACCCCCUUCUUGCAUCAGAGUGGUGAGUCCAUGUCUUACUCGAGUUUGAGUCCAGUUCUUAUACUCUUUUUCUUGGCCGAAGCUAUGGUUUUCUUUGUCCUUUUCUUGAUCUGAUGGUCUUCCUCUCCAAUCCAAGGAUAAUGCUAUCAGAUGAGUAGACAGUCCAGUCUCCAUGUCUUGGUCAAUAUUCAUCUCCCCUCUUGUUCUUCCUCCAGCGAACACGAGCACGCAGAAUCUCUUCUCCUUUGGGACAAAAGUUGCUUUGCAAUACACAUACCGAGUCGAGUGUGGGAAUCCAUACAUGUUGAAUAGUGGUUCCUGUCAUUGGGCUUUCAAGUGUUUAGUGAGUUUCCCAGAACUGUCUAUUCAUGUUUAAGUUGGUUAUCUAUGCUAUCUUUUAAACAUCAGUAGCCAGGUGGGCAACUGAUGUCUUGUACCUUGAUUAAGAUCUCUAGUUAAGAUUUCCAGUUCCUGCAUUGCCUCCCCUUCUUCACAUGUAAAUCCAGUGAGACUACAGGUAGUGUGUAUGAGGUAACCUGGUUUCCCAAUCCUGGCAGAUGUUUCUUUGUAAGCCCCUCUGGUUUGGGGAUGUGUCUGGGCAUGUUUCUCCUAGUGUGUUAUACUCUUUGUAACUAUAUUUUAUUUAACCAUGAAUUUUGAUAUAUUUAUAACAGUGGCCAGAUAGGCCACUGAUGUCCCAUUCCCUGAUUUAGUUAGAAUUUAAUUACAUUUUACAGAAACUCCUUUUACAUCUUAGCGAAUUUAUGGGAACUCAGCAUUCACACAAGGUAGAUUACGGGAACUACACUGACUUUUGGUUAUCUAGGAUCACUAAGGGCUGGUGAUGGCUCGGAUGUUGAGUUUCACUCAGAAUCUCUAUAGAAGAAGUUUUCCCUUUACUUGCAAAUUACACCUUCUAUUCAGGGACACCUGUGCAAGUUACAAGCUGCUGAAGAAACCGAUGUCUCAAUUCCUGUGUAGGAUUUUUAGAUUCCAGGUGCCCUUCUGUGUUAAAUCCCAAAGCAUGAUUUUAACUCAAAUAUAUAUUUUAUAUAUAUUUAUUUCUCUUAGUUAUAAUUUAUUCAAGCAUGAAUUUUAAUAUAUCUAUAACACUGUCAGCAGUGUCAAAGGCUUCCCCAGUGGAAGUGUGUGACAAACUGCAUGGUUGAUGCUUUGUUUUCCCGUUGUUCCCCCUGGGAGCUGCCUCCCUCUAGCUCUGGGCAGGCAGCAAGGAGCAGUCUGCAGUGAGGUUUCCUUUACAACAGGGUAGUUCUCCAUCCACCUGGCUCUUGUGCCAGCUGCACUGCCGGGCUAUCUGGGAAUAAUUAAAGGCAAAUGCUGCCUGAAAACUGAGAUUGUUUCUCCUCUGUGGGAUCAGCGUAACCAGAAAGACCUCAGGGAGAAUGAAAUAGUCACAGAUACUGAAUUAAGCUGUAUAAAGAAUCAGAGAAGGUACUUAUUGCUGGAAAUACUACACAGUAUGAGGUUGUUUUUUUCAUGUUUUCUCUCUCUUUGCCCUUACGGAAGCAGAGAACUCACUCUGUCCUGAGCUCUGCCUUCCACCAGCAUUCCCAAUGACUUUAUGUGGGUCAUUGGAUGGUGAUCCCUCCUCCACUUUCCUCAGCCCUGGUCACCUGAGAUCAUGCAAUCAUUGUCCCUGCCACACUGUAGGUACUGUGGAUGCCUGUCUCUCCUUUUCUUUGCUCCCACU